AUGCCGAAAUACUAUUGUGAUUAUUGCGAUACGUACCUGACGCACGAUUCGCCGUCGGUGAGGAAGACUCACUGCCAGGGCCGCAAGCACAAGGAUAACGUCAAAUUUUACUAUCAGAAGUGGAUGGAGGAACAGGCACAGAACCUGAUCGAUGCCACAACAGCUGCAUACAAAGCCGGCAAGAUCGGCAUGAAGGGAGUGUGUAUACCGCCACCGAACAUGGGCCAGUCGGCACCACAAAUGUCUAUGCCACCGGGUUCGAUCAUGCCGCCAGGACAGAUGCCCAUGGGCGCACCGCCAAUGAUGUCCAUGCCGCCAAUGAUGCGACCACCCAUGGGACAGAUGCCGAUGGGUGCACCGCCACCAAUGAUGCCCCCGAUGCCGCCCAAUAUGAGACCGCCUAUGAUGAGCAAUCCACCUCCUAAUGUUCAAGCUCAAUAA